AUGAAUUCUCAGUCAUCAGCAGAUCAUCCUGGCAGCUCAGAUGGCGGGCCUGGAGGGGGGGCGAGGGGGGGAAGGGAGCAAGAACACGGAUCAAAAUUUAAGGGAAUGUGGCGAUAUUGCAAGAAGAGCUUCACCAGGAGGACGAGACCGCGACCACGCAAUCCACAACCGCCCGAAAGUCAACAAACUCCCAACGUACAUGAAUUGCCCGGUAGUCAACAGGGACCUGGCUAUCAACACGAGGGGCGUCACCACCAUACACAACCCCAGAAUCGCGCGGAAAUGCCGGUAACUGCUACUGUGGCUAAUAUUGAUGACACAAUGCCGCCGGUGGGUAGUCCCGAUGAUGAAAUCAUAAUAGCAUUGAUGGGGGUCACAGGUGAAAUCCAAAGUGUAUUCAAAACCAGUACGCAUCUGCUAAGAUAAGCGACAGGCGCUGGUAAAAGUUACUUCAUCAGAGAGGUCUCUAGUAACCCUCAGGUCGAAGUGGGUUGCGAUCUCUAUUCUUGUAAGAUGGUAACUGCUGGAGAGGUUUAGCUCGACUGCUGACAAUAGGAAGGCACCCGUAAGGUCCAAUCUUACUCUUUCGAGUACCAGGGAGCAAAAAUCACGCUAGUCGACACUCCUGGCUUUAAUGAUACGAAUCGAAGCGAUACCGUGGUCUUACGAGAGAUUGCCAAUUGGACCACGGAGACCUACAGAGAUGAUCGACUCCUCUCCGGUAUCAUCUACCUCCACCCCAUCACCCAUUCUCGCAUGGAAGGCUCUUCCCUGAGAAACCUGAGGAUGUUCCGGAGCUUGUGUGGUCAGAAAGCCCUGGAGAAUGUGCUGCUCACAACAACGCAGUGGUCUAACGUUGAUCCGGGAGAAGGGGGGCUCCGUGAGACUAGUCUCCGCCAGAAUCAGGAUUUCUGGGGAGGGCUAAUCGAUAAGGGUGCUACUCUCGAGAGAUUCGAUGGCACUAGGGAAUCUGGGUUGAGGAUUAUCCACAGGUUGAUACCAAAUGAGCGAAAACCUCUCGAUAUACAGGAACAGAUUGUGGAGCAAAAUAGGACCCUAUUCGAAACUGAUGCAGGGCAACGCAUUAACGAGGAAUUGAUUGCCCAAGAGAAGAGACACGAGGAGGAAAUAGAAUCCCUGAAGAAGCAAUGGGAAGAAGCUAUGAAGUCAAUGAAAGAUGAGGUAGAGAACCUUCUGAAGGAGCAAAAAAAGGCUGAGAAGGAGCUUGAAAAGGUCUUAGCAGAAAAGAAAUUGCUUGAAGAGCUGCAUGAAGAGGAGGUAGCAAAGCGGAAGGAGAGAGAGAAGCGGGAAGGAGGGGGGGACUAUGAUAAGGCAGUGAUUGCUGUGGCUAUUAAUGAUAUGCCCCAGGUGGUAAGAGGGCUCACAACCUAUAGCGCCAAAUGCCGCUUGAUCUCCGACAUCAAUAAGCACGAGGAAUUCAGGUCCAACACUUUCAGGAUCACGAUCCAUUACUUACCCAGAAACCCCUCCGGCGUUGGGGGCCAUACCGGAACGAGUCAACAGAUGCUCGAUGCGGGGGCGAGCGCCACCAGCUACAUUAUCUGGAGUGGAGUACACUAUCGGCUCGAAUCCGGCACUCGUCUCGCAAGAGGCGGCCAAAAUUUCCUCAUCUUUAGCAGAGCUUAA